UGAUUGAGCGAGAGUGUACACUGCGGCUGGUGUGGGACGGGCGCACAGCAACGGGGCUCCGGACUUUAAACGGCACGAAUGGCGAAAUGACUUCUGCGCAUUUUAAGCAAGGCAGCUGAUUGAUUGUCAAAAUAUCGCAAAACUGGUGCAGAUAGGAACCUGGAUAUUGUUGAUUUACGGUCCCCGCCUCAGACGAGUAAGGGGCCGUUCACACAGAAAACGUUAUUGCUUCCGUCAGCGCUGCUUUUCAAUUGUUUUUCCAUGUAAACAUGCGCUAGACGGACGUCUCUGACCGCUGCCCCGCGCCUCGCUAUUUUUUUACGCAGGAGCGCAGCGUGAAGUUAUAAAGAACUUCGACUCGAGACACCGGGUUUCGAUCUGAACGGCCCCUAAAUUGCGUUGUCAGUAACACGGGGGUCAGUGAGGGAGUUUGGGUUCUAGUGAGCAAGCUGAAACGCUAGCCUCGUCCGGAGUAACUUUGAGCUUUGAUAUCUGUUUACCUCAUGGCUCUGCGCGCGAAAGCUCUGUAUGACUUUAAUUCGGAAAACCCGGGAGAGAUAACAGUGAAGGAGAAUGAGAUAGUAACUCUGUUCAGCGAGCAGGACAUUGAGGGUUGGCUGGAGGGAACGAACAGCAGAGGGCAGAGGGGGCUCUUACCUGCGUCCUACGUUGAGAUCUUGAAGAAUGACUCCGUCUCCUCUUUUAACAACAACAGCUCUCGAUAUGCCAAUAUUCCCACUGGUGGCUUUGACUCCUCUUGCAAAGUUCAGAAUCAAGAGCCCUACAACAAUGCACCUGCAUCUAGCUUCACAGGCUACCCUGGUCUACCUCAACAACAGCCCGGUACCCCAGCCAGUGAUGAUGAUUGGGAUGAUGACUGGGAUGAUCACUCGUCUGUGGCAGACGAGCCAAGCGUUGUUGGUAGUUACAGGAAUUAUGAAGGAAACGGACCUUCUUCCUACAGUAUUUCCACAUCCUCCAUGCCUAGAGGUGCACAGCAAACCAAGAGCUCAGCCACAGUAGGCAAAAAUCUGAACAGGUUCUCAACUUUUGUAAAGUCAGGAGGGGAGGCUUUCGUGCUGGGCGAAGCAGCUGGCUUUGUGAAGGAUGGGGAUAAAAUCUGUGUUGUGAUGGGUCAGUAUGGCCCAGAAUGGCAGGAAAACCCAUACCCAUUCUGCUGCACUAUCGAUGAUCCGACUAAGCAGACUAAAUUCAAAGGCAUGAAAAGUUACAUUUCCUACAAACUGACUCCUACCCACACACAGAGCCAGGUCAACAGAAGAUAUAAGCAUUUUGAUUGGCUCUAUGCCCGAUUAGUGGAGAAGUUUCCCGUCAUCUCAGUGCCACACAUCCCAGAAAAACAAGCCACUGGGCGUUUCGAAGAAGAUUUUAUUUCCAAGAGGAGAAGAGGGCUGAUAUGGUGGAUGAACCACAUGACCAGCCACCCGGUGCUUGCCAGAUGUGAUGUUUUCCAGCACUUCCUCACCUGCCCCAGCACGGAUGAAAAGAUUUGGAAGCAAGGGAAGAGGAAAGCCGAGAAAGACGAGAUGGUCGGUGCCAAUUUUUUCCUCACCAUCAGCACUCCCGCAGCCCCUCUUGACCUACAAGAUGUCGAAAGCAGAAUUGACGGAUUUAAGGCCUUCUCCAAGAAAAUGGAUGACAGCGUGAUCCAAGUCAAUGCCACACUCAGUGAGUUUGCAAGGAAACAGAUAGCAGGGUUCAAGAAAGAAUAUCAGAGAGUGGGACAGUCUUUUAAGUAUCUAAGUCAAGCGUUUGAGCUGGACCAGCAACCAUACUCGGUUGGUUUGAACCAAGCAAUUGCAUACACUGGGGAAGCCUAUGAAGUUAUUGGAGACUACUUUGAGGAUCAACCUAAACAAGACCUGGAUCCAGUGAUGGAUCUGUUAGCCCUGUACCAAGGGCACCUUACGAACUACCCAGAUAUCAUACACGUACAGAAAGGUGCUCUAACAAAGGUAAAGGAGAGUCAAAAGCACGUAGAGGAAGGGAAGAUGGAGAGCCAGCAAGCUGAUGGCAUCAGGGAACGCUGCAACAUCAUCUCCUUCGCCACUCUGGCCGAGAUCCAGCACUUCCAUCAGAUUCGAGUGCGGGACUUCAAAUCCCAGAUGCAGCAUUGCCUACAACAGCAGAUCAGCUUCUUCCAAAAGAUCACUGGCAAGCUGGAGGAGGCAUUGCAAAAAUACGACAAUGCCUAAAUGAGCCACCUUUGCAUCGGACUGACAAAGAUUCAUCUCGCCCAGCAGAAAGCCAGGCGAGGGAUUGCCAGCCCCGCUCUAGCAAUGCGACAAAUGAAGAACCAAACGGUAAACCUUUCUGUCUAAAAUUUGUGAAUUCUCUCCCUACACAAUGAAAGUCAGUUAUAAGGGACUACAGUAUAUAUUGCUGAGGGAAAGUAUACAGUGAGAUGGUGAUAACAAACCUCUUCUGCAAUGGUUGGACUAGUUUGGACUGUUAUCCUCUGUGAAACUAGUGAGUAGGACAGUGACACGCAGAGGAUCACGAAAUAUGCAAGAAUACAGAGAAGUCAGGAACACCGCUAUCGUCCUACCAUUGGCACAGAGAGCAUGUUAUGUCUUUCAUUCUGCUACUAAUGUAAUAUUUAAGACAGUUUUGCAUAAUAUUCACACAGUUGAAUGAUAUAUUGAUGACUCGAGGAGCUUGCGUGACUCCUCACUACCACCUUUUAAACACUCGAGCCUGUCUUAGCCAACCUUAGGCUAAAUGUUUACAGACCUUGCAGAGCCGCUGUCAUCACUGGUGUGCCUUUCGAUCCCGCCUCGCUGGUGUUUUUAUAAUUUCUUAAAAAAUAACUAUAUAUAUUAUUCUUAUAUAUCUAUAACAAGGGAUGAAUUUUAUUAUCUUAUUAAAAUGUCACAACUGCUUAAAGUGGCAGGGUUAUGUAGAAGCUGCCUUAAUGCUUAAGAUAAGCUUCAAGUGAAAGAGGAGCUGGAUGUAAUGCCCUAAUUUGGUGUCUAGUCUGAUUUUAUUCCCCCAUGAUAUUUUGGGUCCAAUGCAGAACACAAUAUGCAAAAAUAGUAGUCCACACCAGACUACCUGCCAUUACACAGAGACAGUUAAGUAAACAUUUUUUGAUGUAAACAGAAAGCACAGCUCAGUCAGGAUUCGAAGACAUGUCUUCUGAGUUCAUUUUAAAUUUUAUUACAAGUUUAUUGGCUAAUGAAACAAUUAUUCGCUAAACUAAUUGUCCCUAGGUGCUCAGAGAAUUUUGUUUAUUUUCUACUAAAGAUUUUUACUUAUCAUUGUGCAAGAAGAACCACACCAAGCUGUGCUGAAAUGUAAAAUAAUUUUUCCGAAUAAAUUGUUCACCUAUGUAACUUU